AUGGCCUGUUUCCAUGCUGUCGUUGAGACAAAGGAGAUUGUGCAGUUGCUGGAAAUCUUGAGGAACGUACAUAAAAGGUUCCUGGUUCAAGGAAGGAUUCAUCAGUCGCCAGCCUUGCUCAGGGUCCCAGCGGGGGCCAGCGUGGAACUCGGCUGCUUCUUUGACGAGCCGGCAGUAGCGCCGACCAUGGCUGCUUUCCAGUGGGACCUCCCCAACGGGAGGCUCUACCACGUGCUGCCUGCCGGCAAGGUUGGGGGCAGAACCAACCGGCGUGUCCACCUCCGGGCAGAGCUGAAGGCGAGGAGCAGCAGUCUGAGCAUCAGGAGGGUCUCCUCUGAGGACGGUGGGCUCUAUGUGUGUGUUGUCCAGCUUCUGGAGCCAUUGCCCAUUGUCCAGAUGAAUGGAAUAGCAACUCAACUUUGCAUCAUCCCAGGUAUUGGCUGGGCACAGUCAUAUUCCACCUGGUUCUACAUGGGACUCCCGCCUGGGGCAGAAUCCACUCCAGUCCCGGGAAGAGUUUCCCAGUCCCCUGCCUCCCUCUCGGUGAGGGAAGGAGAGGCCGUUACACUGACGUGUAUCUUACAGACAACGGCGACCGAAGUGGAGGGGAUAUCGUUCAUUUGGACGUGGGGAACUUCUUCAACCACCUGCUCCACAGUGCCCGGCAUCAGCAGCAGGUGGCAGUGUGCCCCGGUUCCCGAGCCAGGAGUCCUUAUCAAAGCUGAUUUGCAAACUAAAUCAUCCGAGUUCGGCAUCACCCGGGCUUCUCUGAAUCACAGUGGGACUUAUAAGUGUGAUGUUGCAAUCACCAAAUCUCUGGCAAGGGUAAUUUUACAUGGAAAUGGAUCGACAUUACUGGUGGAAGAGUCGCCGCUGACGGUCUCCCAGCUGCCCUCCCUCAUCACAGCGCUGGAAGGAGAAGACGCUAGGCUGACCUGCAGCCUCCAACGAGCGGUCGCCGAUGUGAGGAACCUCAGCUUCACCUGGGUCAGCGAGAGGGCUGAGGUGUCCUGCACCGUCGCGGUCCCCGGACGGGAGUCGAACCGGUGCAGCAGUUGGGAUGGAAGGCUUUCCGUCACGGCUCACGGCUGGAAUAAAUCCUCGGUCCUGACCAUCAAGGAAGUUUCUGUCCCGGACAAUGGUACCUACAGGUGCGGGGUUACACUCCUCGAUCCCCCCGGAAAUGAGACGGUUUAUGGAAAUGGCUCUGUGCUGUUGGUCCUCGGUGAAUUGGAAUCUCCAGGGACCAAUAAGUCUGAAGAUCUUCGGCUGCUGCCUGUAAACACAGACUGGGAGACGCCGAAGAGACGGAUGGAGCCCUGGUUCUUCAGCUCACUGUUGUGCACGGUCGUGCUGAGCCUCAGCGCAGGACUCGUCUUCUCCUACUGCACUGCGAGGAGGAAUCCUGCGACGGACCCAGCCAGAGGCCAGGAACACCGUAGCAAUACGGACACUUCCUCAGAAUCAGUUCUGUAACGCCAAGACAGCACAGAAAUGGCUUCUGGCCCAUUGAGUCCAUGUCGACCCUAGAACCAGACAUUUAUACAGAUCCUAUACUAAUCCAGUUCCCCUCACAUUCCUGAUAAUUGAGCUGCCACCAGAUUCCACCCCUCAACCCCUCUCAAUAUGUUGUACAGGGAGCUUCACUCUGUGUCUGAUACUGGGAAUGUGUGAUGGGACAGUGUGGAGGGAACUUCGCUCUGUGACUGACCCUGGGAGUGUGUGAUGGGACAGUGUAGAGGGAGAUUCACUCUCUGUCUGACCCCGGGAGUGUGUGAUGGGACAGUGUGGAGGGAGAUUCACUCUCUGUCUGACCCCGGGAGUGUGUGAUGGGACGGUGCAGUGAGAAGUUUACCCUGGUCCCACUUCCUUUUCUCUGUUCUAAGAGUGAGUGGUAGAGUUGUAUUCUGUGAGUUUAAUGUUGUUCACCCAGGAAUACUCCCAAUGAGUGGAGGCUCUUGGGAAAGAGGAGAGCUAAAACAGGGAGACCACUCAGGGUUUUGGAAUUUGCAUCAGCAUCAGACCAUUAUUAUUGUCAUAUGUACUGAGUCACAGUGAAAAUCUUGGCUUGCAUCCUGUUCGUACAGAUUGUACAGAUCAUUCACCUACAGUGCAUCGAGGUAGAACAAGGUAAAACAAUAACAAUGUGUUAUAAAUUACUUGAAACAUGCAGUGUACAAUAAAGGGCAAGAUCACAAUGAGGCACAUUGUGAGGCCAAGGGAUCAGUUUAUUGCUCAGUCAAGGGUCUGAUAACAGGGGGAUGGAAGCUGGUGGUACAGACUUUAAGGGUUUGUACCUUCUGACUGAUGGAAGAGGGGAGAAGAGAGAAUGUCUGGGGGAAGUGCAUCUACCCGUCCUCAUAGCCCGUUAGAGCAAUCCCUAACAUUUCCCCGAAUCACUUUCCAUAGACCACAGACAUAGGAACAGAAUUAGGCCAUUCACUCCUUCGAGUCUGCCCCGCCAUUCCAUCAUGGCUGAUUUAUUAUCCCUCUCAACUCCAUUUCUUCUCCCUAUAAACUUUAACACUCAGACUAACCAGGAACCUAUCAACUUCCAUUUUAAAUAUACCCAAUCACUUGGCCUCUACAUUCCACAGAUUCACCACCCUCUGGCUAAAGAAAUUCCUCCUCAUCUCUGUUCUGACAGAUGUCCUUGUAUUCUGAGGCUGUGCCCUGUCAUC